AUGCGAAGCCUUUCCAGCGACAUGGUACCCGUAGCACUAAUAUCAGUCUGUAUUGGCAGAAAGCCAUGGCAUCAGCACCCUAACACGUUGCAUUUGGUGGUCCAGACUAACCUGGUGACAAGUAUCAAUGCUGAGUUCCGAUCAUCGAAUUGCUUUGAAUUUGUCUUAAACCCACAUCUAUACAAAGGUUUGAGAGCACUGGUCAUCACCUGCCGUUCUUCACUAAUCUGGCAAAUAAUCGCCAUUCCAAUGCAUCGCCAUAUCCUUGCAGUCUCCUUGAGCAGUGCCCUGGUGGCAUGGGCCAAGACGCCCGAGGGCUUCGAGCCCGCAUCCAACGUCGAUCUCAUCGUCGCAUACGGUGAGACGUCGGGUCUCAACGGCGUGGACCUGGCCAAGAGCCUCACACAAACGGAGCCUACAGUCGGUACGACCGAGCCUUUGACCGGCAAGAGCUAUGCUAUCAUCAUGGUCGACAUCGAUAUUCCUACGGCGAGCCCUCCGACUACCGGCACCUUCUUGCACUGGGCUCAGGCGGACCUGACGCCAGCCGCGCAGACUACCACAGUCAAGUUGAACGACGGCGAGCGUGUCAUCCACACUCUGACAACCACCUCAAACGCGAUCGCGGAUUACAAGGGCCCCGCACCACCAGCAAGAGUUCCUCUUUCGCACCGGUAUAUCGAGCUGCUUGUUGACACCAGCGACAUAACGGCGGACGGAACUGCUGCAUUGCAGACGCUGUCAACUCGCGGGGGCGUUGAUGUCAACGCUGUGCUCACCACGGCCGGACUGGCCAAUAAGGUGGUGGCUGGUAACUUCUUUACUGUGACCAACCCCGGCCCUGCAGCGAACGCAAAGAAGAGCAACUCCACCACCACAGCUCCCACCGGUGCUGUGACACCGUCCAAGGUUCCUUCCGGCAUCUCUUCAGGAAUUAAGUCAACGAGUCUUUCAAACACUGUGUUGAUGGGCGCAAUGGCAGUUGGUUUUCUGGGCGCAUUCGCUAGCUCAUUCUGAGCAAGGGUUCGAGCCUCUCAACGACGUGUGUUGACAAUUGCCAUCCUCCGGAAGAUUGACUCUUCUGACACCGGCUUCUCCAUGAUGAGAACGCGCGGCGCAGGAUCCGCGUUUUGUUUCUGAACAGUUUGUCGUCUCAAGUAAUCAAUACAAUAAUACAAGCU